AUGAGUUCUGUCGGAAGUGAUAUCUCAGCUAUUGAGAUCGUGUCGCAAGACGAGAAUGUGGACAAUCUCUACGCAGAAGAAACGGAAACGACGCAAGAAUCGGUGCGGCAUUCCAUGGAAAAAAAUCCAAGCAAAAUAAACAGAUACGAGGUCGAGGAUGAAGAAAACAUCUCCCCCAAAAAACGCACAAGGGGGGGCAAAAAUUUAAAACAUAGAAAUCGCGUAUUCUACAGCACAAAAACGAAAAAAGAGAAAGAAGAAUAUUUACGCUAUUUUUGCUUCAAAAAACAUAGCGGAGAUAGCAGACGAGGGUGGCAUUUGAACGGAAGAAGCAGCGGACGAGGAUGGCGAGGCAGCCAGAGAUAUCUUCUUAUCGCUAUGAUGGUGCUUAUAAUAGAUGAAAACAAACUAGAAAUUGGGUUGGAAAAAGCAUAUACAAGUUUCAAUCACAGCGCUUCUCAGUUUUUAGAUACUCAAGGACUUUCCUCAACGGGGCCAGCUUCAAAAAUUGUUGUUAAGUUCUUCCUUGCAAUAUGGUGUGGCUUACUAGGAUCUUUAUUCACUUUCCCAGGACUGAGGAUAUCAAAAUUGCAUUAUGAUGCAUUAAGAUAUUACAAAGAUAAUAAAUUAUUGUUGCUAUCAGCUAAUAUUAGUUAUGUUUCGCCACUCCUCUUGGUGAGUUUAUGGAUUACACCUUUGACCAGAGAUUAUUUGACUGUUCGGAUAUUUAGCGGAAUGAGUAGUCCGUUGAUGACACCUACAAGAUUUGAAAGUAUGAGACAGAUAGUUAUUAUUCUUGCUGUUGUACUAAGAAUAAUGCUUAUGCCAAUUUAUUUGCAAUCUUAUUUAAAUCUUGCAACUCAAAGACUAGAAAUACAGAAAAAGGAAACUGGUAGAAUAACAAAUGUUGAUCUACAAAAAAAAAUUGCGGUUGUGUACUAUUAUUUAUGUGUAGUAGCAGUGCAGUUUAUUGUUCCAAUAAUUAUAUGGUUAUUGUUAACAUUUAUAUAUAAAACAUUAGGUGGUUUUACUUGGGAAGGUAUUUUGGGAAAAACGUUAGAGGAAGAAUGUCCAGCUGAUGAGUUACCACAGUCGCUAUUAUCUAACAAUGAUAACAGUGAUAAGACUGUUGUACAAACUGCUGAAGAAUUUCAACUUGCACUAGGCUCGUUAAAACAGAUAUUUACUACGGAUGUUUAUAGAGGUAUUUUAGGUUUAGCAACAUGGUAGAGCUGCUGUGCAUUACUUGCAACUAGUGCCAUGGGCAUGUUUUAUGAAUCAUAUUUUUCGAAUGUGUAA